AUGGGCAUCCUCAUCUUCAACGUCACCCUCCGCAACUGCCCCCCCGCUUCGGCGGCCGGCCCCCCCGGCGAAUCCUCAUCGCAAACCCGCUCCACCCCCUCUGGCCAGCAGGCGCCUCCUUCGCCUGACAAUACAGACUCUGAGCUUCCUGAAGAGCGGAAGGCGGAGGAGGUGUCGGCCUCUGGAAGAGGGGUCUCAGACCAGAGCACUGGGGGCGCGAUGGGGACGGUCCGUGUGGCCGGGGGCGGCGUCGAGCUUGAGAUAAUCGGGGGGGCGGACGCCCAGCUUGACGUUAGGAUGGGGACAGCCGUGGUGGUUUUUUUGGCGGUGGUUGUGGUUUUUUUGGCCAUUUUUUUGGGCGGGGUUUACAUUCGCUAUUCUAAAUAGCGUUAUUUUUUGGUCCAUUUUUCGAAUAUACCCUAGCG